UCAGAGAACGGUCGCACUGCAGGUGGAACAACAAAAACUUAAAAUAAAAAAGGCCAGAUAUAUUUGAACGUUUACAGGACUAGUGAUAUUUUAUCCCCACGACAACUGCCAAAGAAUCUGCAGGCCCAUUCCCAAAUUUCUCCCAAAACUUCAAAACUAAAGCUAUGGGUGAUAACAAAAUUUGCGACAUUAGCAACGAAGUUCUGGAGGAAUUGAAGAAGUUUCGAUUCAGCAAAAGCAAAAAUAAUGCGGCUUUGAUAUUAAAAGUUGACCGGGAAAAACAAUCGGUGGUACUUGAUGAAUUCAUCGACGAUAUCUCAGUGGACGAACUGCAGGACACCUUGCCAGGACAUCAGCCCCGAUAUGUGAUCUAUACUUAUAAGAUGGUGCACGACGAUCAGCGCAUUUCCUAUCCGAUGUGCUUUAUCUUCUACACUCCAAGGGAUAGCCAGAUUGAACUACAAAUGAUGUACGCCUGCACAAAGAGCGCUCUUCAGCGCGAGGUGGAUCUCACGCGGGUCUACGAAAUUCGCGAACUAGACGAACUGACCGAGGACUGGCUGAGAGCCAAGCUCAAGUAAAGUGGUUUCGAUCUCUGGGAUCAGUUCCGGGCCGUUGUCAAAAGCAAUACUUUAUUAUAGUGCUUCGAUUGAUUUCGGAGCAUUUUAUUGAAAUAUUCAAUGGAUCAAAAUGGAUCAAGCCGAUACCAACGAUGCAUACCAAUACCAAACAAACCAAUAUUGAGAUACGACAAUUUUUACCUACAGAAAACACAAAUCAAGAUAAGUUUAUACAACAUAAUGACAAUUUUAUAUAGAUUACCGCAUGCGACAAGCAUGCGGGAGAGUUCUUAGUGAUUUUAGUUUUUGUAUUUAAGUAAUAAUCAUUAUAGAAGCUGUGCUUGCCAAAUUUCUACAUGUAUUUAUUGUAAAGAUAUAAAAGCAAACAUGACAAAAAUAUUCCAUUUUAUAUAGACAAACUAAAUAAAAGUGUUCAAUAUUAAA